GGCACCCUCGCUGACAUGACAAUCCCAUAGUCACUUCACGAAUAGUCUUUCUUCUGUCGAAUUCGAGUACAAGUCUACACCGUUCCGUGAACGCUUAACAUUUUCCUCAGUCUACUAGUGUAGGUUUGAUUGUAAGUUCUCUUGUAUAAGUUAUUCGAAAGAAUUCAACUCGAGUCAUGGGUAGCGAAAAGAAAAUCAUUCUGGUCACCGGCGGCAGUGGUCUAGUAGGACAAGCUAUCAAGCAAGCUAAACAGCAAGAUCCGAGAGAAAACGAGACUUUUAUUUUUCUCAGUUCCAAAGAUGGAGACCUUAAGGAUCCAGCAGCUGCGCAGAGAGUAUUUGAAAAAUACAAUCCCACUCAUGUCAUUCAUCUUGCUGCCAUGGUCGGAGGACUCUUCCACAACAUGCAACAUAAUCUUGAUUUCUUGCGGAACAAUAUCCUCAUUAACGAUAAUGUACUUCAUAACAGCUACAAGUUGGGGGUAAAGAAAGUUGUCUCAUGCUUGUCAACGUGUGUUUUUCCUGAUCAGACAACAUACCCAAUUGAUGAAACUAUGAUUCAUGAUGGGCCUCCUCAUUCUUCCAACUUUGGUUAUAGCUAUGCUAAACGGUUGAUUGAUGUUCAAAACCAUGCUUACCACCAGCAGCAUGGUUGUCACUUUACUUCUGUGAUCCCUACUAAUGUUUUUGGAGCUUUUGAUAAUUACAAUCUAGAGGAUGGCCAUGUCAUCCCAGGACUCAUCCACAAGGCCUACAUUGCCAAGAAAGAAGGAAAGCCGUUGGUAGUUUACGGAUCAGGAAAGCCGCUGCGGCAGUUUAUCUACUCUAUAGAUUUGGCUAAACUGUUCCUAUUUGUACUUAGAGAAUAUGAAGAAAUUGAUCCAAUCAUUUUGUCAGUUGAUGAAUCCAGUGAAGUGUCGAUCGCUGAAGUAGCGCAAAUGAUUGCGGAUGCCUUCCAGCUAGAACACGGAAUCGUCCUGGACUCCACCAAGGCCGACGGCCAGUACAAAAAGACAGCAUCCAAUAACAAGUUGCGAUGCUAUCUACCGGACUUUCAAUUCACGCCGCUCAAAGAGGCUAUUGAGCGCACGGUUCAGUGGUUCAAUCUCAAUUAUCAUAUCGCCCGAAAAUAACCAAGACUGGAUCAGAUGAUUUUUAAGUGCCGUCCCUUACUUUGGUAUUCCUCAUUGGCUGAAAGAAAAGAUAUUUUCCAUUUGAGUGUAAAAUUUUCUUUUCUAAAUUAAUGUCACUGGUUACUAAUAAACGAUUCUAGGGGUGUGAA